AUGACAAACCCAGCACUGCGCCGGGAAGUCAUCAACAUCUACAAAGAGCUCCUUAAUCUCGGCCGGGCGUAUCCUCUCGGAUACGAUCAUUUCAGAAAUCGACUGCAUAAGGCGUUCUCGAGUCAGGCGCAUUUGAGCGAUGAGGAGCAGAUUAAGAAGGGCAUUGCGAGGGCGGAAUUUGUGAAGAAAGAAAUUGAGGCAUUGUAA